CAGUCUCCAACGCGUCGCCUACACGUCCGCUGCUCCGAAAGCUGCAGAAGCUGCUUGGUCAGCUUGGAUAACAUGCGGAGCACAUGGGUUCUGUUCCCUGCAAUUCCAGUUGUAUUUCCUCGCUAAGAGGGCUUUCACGCGUUCCACUGAGCCUCGUGAUGCCAACUGAGGAGCUACUUGGCCCAGCAGUAGCGACUUCGCAAUCUGGAAAGUCAGAAUGAACUUCCAGGAAAUCAGGUUGCUGACCACAUGCCCCUCCGUACCGCGUCCGCAUGGCGCCAAAUAACAAAGGACGAGACGGUGGCCGAUGGGCAUCCCUCGGGCCUUCAGGACCUGGACGAGGCGCUGGCGUUUCCGCAGACCUCCCACCUCUCUAUUUGCACCCCGAUGACUUCCUCUGGAGCUGCCAUCAUGGAGGUGGUGCUUGUGCUCCUGCUGUGGGCAGUGUCUGCGACCCCGCAGGUGCUGGACCAGUCGCUCAGUGGCCUGGAGACGGCGCCUGACGACCUGUGCUCGAGGGACCUAGUGGCCGCCAACUUCUGCGGCAAUAAGCUCCGAAGCGCACCGCCCUGCUGCAGCACCUUCCACCGGCUCUACCUGUACCGCAACGACAUUCAGGAGCUGGCAGAGGACUGGCUAGCUCAGUGCCCGAACCUCGAGGAGCUGAGCGUGUCCCAUAAUGCGCUGCGGCGGCUGCCCGACCACCUUCUGUCCACCGCCUCCAGCCUGCGCCGCCUGCAGGCCUCGCACAACCAUUUGGACAGCCUGCCGCCCCGGCUGCUACACAACGCCACCUCGCUGCAGGAGCUGGAUUUGAGCCACAAUAAGCUGAUGGAGGUACCACAUGCUUUUCUGGAAAAAACAAGCCACCUCGCCGAGCUCUUCCUGCAGGCCAAUAACCUGACGGACCUUCCCGAGGACUUGUUGGCGAAUUGCGGGAGUCUGCGUGCGUUGUGGCUCUCCCACAACCGUCUGAGGCGGCUGCCGAAACGCCUGCUGGAGGCCACGCCCCAGCUGCGCACCGUGCGCCUCGACCACAACCUCAUAGAGGACAUCGCUGGCGACACCUUUGACAACAACCCGCAACUCGGCCUCCUUGAUCUGUCCAGUAACAGCCUGACGUCGUUGCCGACAGGGCUGUUCAGAAAGGCGAUGUCUCUGCGCCGCGUGCUGCUCGCCGACAACCUCCUGAGCGUGGUCCCGCCAGCCAGCAGUCUACCACAGCAGCCGGCGGUCAUCGACCUCACGUACAACCUCGUGCAGACGGCCGAGGACCUGGUCGCGUUUGGUGCAUCGAGUGUGAUUCUCGAGUACAACAGCUUUUGGUGCCGCAACAACAUCCCAUCGUCCGAGAUCAGCAAACUGGACGGGCCACAGAGAUGUCGCUUGUUUCGGAGGCGGCCUUCCCGCUACGACCGCCCCGCUGAUCGUGUCGCGGUCACUGCGUCGGGACUCCUCGACGGUGGAACCCCUGCAGUAGCCCAUGAUGCGACGAUCGAUUUUAGUACCACUGAUUCUGCAACUACAGCAUCUGUAAAACAUGAAACCAUCACUGAGUCACCACCUACUUCCGAAUCAACAAAUCCAUCAACGACUCACAUUGUAGGCUCAAAAGAACUAAAUAUAGACGGGGGUCAUGUCACGCUCGAUUCUGAAUAUACCACAUCUGCGAGUACGGUUCCUGCAAGCCAGGACGUUGGUCCAGUAACUAUGGACCAACCAUAGACGUAAACGGUAACACAGAACGAACGUCAAUUUUGACAUCGUAGGAGAUACAAAAUCCGAAACAAGAGCAUCACGAUAUUUCCGACUGAGAAUAUAAAAUAUUCCAAAUGAGGACAAUGUCAGUGAAAGCAAUGAAAAAAGUAGUUUAUAAUCAACUAGUACCACUUAAAUGAGCACUGAGACAACGAAUUAGCCCCAAAACCAUAUUACCAAUUUAAAAUAAACUGUUUUAAAAACCAAAUAUCAGAAUCUUCGAAAUUUACUGUCGAACCAGCUACAUAAUUACAAACGUCUAAGCCGGCCGCGGUGGUCUCGUGGUUCUAGGCGCGCAGUCCGGAACCGUGCGACUGCUACUAUCGCAGGUUCGAAUCCUGCCUCGGGCAUGGAUGUGUGUGACGUCCUUAUGAUGUCCUUAGUUUAGUUAGGUUUAAGUAGUUCUGAGUUCUAGGGGACUGAUGACCACACCAGUUGAGUCCCAUAGUGCUCAGAGCCAUUUGAACCAUUUGAACAAACGUCUAAAUCGCUAUCUUUAUAGCCAAAAGCUCUAAAUACAGAUCUUACUGCAAUAAUCUCUAGGAAAACUGCAAAAUCUAGACAAAUGCCGCAUCGAGAGGUGUUGGAAAACAGCUAAACAUGCAGUUAUCAGCUUCAAUGUCAAGGGUCUCAAAAAAUUAACAUAAAAGAAAAAGAAUAUUCGUAGCAAAAGAUAUCAAAAUAUGAAGCUUUAAAUUACAGUGCUCGCAGCUGCCAGCUCUGAAGGUAUGAACUGCCACAUUCCUAACGUCAGUCUUGAAGCUGUGUGUACUAGUAGCACACGAGGUUUUUGCCCACUGACAAAGAAGCUCCUAAACAUAUUGCUAAUUAGAAAUGAUAGUCUUCAAAUAACUGAUCUAAAAAUAACCUGGAAUAACUUUUAUAUCAUUAUAAGGUUACAAGCUAUGAAAGUUGCAACUCUAUGGUGUCCAACUCCUAGUAGCGAAACAACAUGAACUACCUCGCCAGUGCUGGAAUUAAAAAUAUAAGAUAAGCUCUAACACUUGUAUCAUUAUCUCCUAUACAUUCCUUCGAAUGUUCUACGAGUGGUACGUAUACAUUCACAAGCUGCGACAUAGUCGCGAAUAGAACAAUGAUCUAGAAAGCGUACAGUAAAUUUCUUUUAUUGACGUUUAUGAUCACAAAUUUAUUAGGUCCUUAGAAUACCAGUUUCACUCAGCGAUGACCAUCUGGCCGGCCGGUGUAGCCGUGCGGUUCUAGGCGCUACAGUGUGGAACCGCGCGACGCUACGGUCGCAGGUUGGAAUCCUGCCUCGGGCAUGGAUGUGUGGGAUGUGCUUAGGUUAGUUAGGCUUAAGUAGUUUUAAGUUCUAGGGGACUGCUGAUCUCAGAAAUAAAGUCCCAUAGCGCUCAGAGCCAUUUGAACCAUUUGAUGACCAUCUGCAGCAAAAUAUGGGAGAAGAAAAAUACGACUAGUGGACAGUGUACAUUUUAACAGUAGGCCACAAUGAAACGUUUUACUGAUACAGCUACAUGUGAAAAACAUGCUCUCAAAAUUUGACGGCCCAUACGUGUUUUAAACAUCUCAUAACAUAAUGAAACCAUAGGGGCAUCGUCAAAAGAUAUACCCAAAAUCAGCAUGGCACCGUAGAAUAUAUUUUAAAAGGUCACCGUAUCGGUGGAGGCAUCUUGGUUAAUGCGCUCGUGUUCAUUACGAACUACAGUACAGCAGCCAGAAAAUGUUUGUGUCGUAAGCUCAUUAGAUGUUGUUACUGUAGGACUUCACAUUUUCAUCAAUUAUAUAACUAUGCAAAACGCAAUAAAAAGAAGAACUCAGUAGGUAAAGUCUACGGUGAGCUUGCCAGAUUUUAUGAAUAAUUACCGUGAUAAACUGUAAUAAAUUAAAAGUGCGACUAAAAUUAAAUUUAAAUUGUUAAAAAGUAUAUAAUUGAGUGAUAAUAUGAUUGUAAGUCUGAGAUGCUCCCGUGGCGAUAGUGGAUAAAAAUAUAAUGGCCUACGUAAGAACAAGCUUCCAUAGCUAAGAGAGUAAUAUAAAAAAUGAUGAACAGGGAAAGAAGCCAAGUAGAUGAAACAACAGAUUGUAGAAAGUUAUUAAUGCCCUCCGUUGGCGUGGCCGCCAAAAUUCCAUAUACAUGAGAAGCGGUCAGGAGAACUUAACUGACACAGGGCCUCUCCUAUCAUACGUCGCAUCGUUCCAAUAAAAUAAUGAUAAAAUACCGCACCAGCCAAUUGAUAAGAUUAUUCAGUUAAUGAAAUAUAUUAUAAAACCAGAGGAGAGUAAUACGCUCAAGGUACUUUCCACUAUGGCCUAUUUUAUAGUUGUAAAACGUAGACAGUAUAUCAGUUGUAUUUACUUUUUCCCAUGUCUUGCUGCAGAUCGCUUAGAAGUGGUACACUAAGGAUCUGACAACUUUGCGAUCAUAGACUGAAAUAAAAGAAAGCUGACUAUCAAAUAACAAGUCAUCAAGACUCACAAAACAUAUUUCGUGAGCACAGCGACACAACGCUUAUACUUUUGAAGAAACAUUGUACGAUGUUAGACAGGGGACGAAAGUAUACACGUUGUGUCGCAAUACUCACGGAAUUUGUUUCGCAUGUCUUGAUGACUUGUUCCUUGAAACGUCAACUAUAUUACAAUUGUGAACCAGUAACAAGUACUUGGUUCAGUUACUUUUAAAUAAGAACAGCUCAGCGUGAAGUUCGCUGUCUUGCAAGAGAGAGAGGCGAGAUGGGUCUGAGUCGAAUGCACACGCCGUUAUUACUGACUGUUAGUCUAAUAUACCGUCCAGCCUAAGAGCGGCUCUUGAGCGGAGUUAUAUACGUAUUUAACCAGAUAUCUUUUUUUCUCCACAAACUCUGCCUUAGAUGCACAAUACGCAAACAUUUAGGAAUACACAAUAAACGCUGUUUACUCGACACGCUCACUAGAACGAUGAAAUAAAUAAAAGCUCUGUUC